ACUUUCACAAUGAUAAAAAUGUACUUUUUAUUUAAUAAGUUAGAUAUUGCUACUUUUAAACAACAACUUUUUAAAAUUAAAUAAGUAGGAUUGUGUUACUUUUUAAACAACAAAAGUUAGUUUUCAUGGCAGCACAAUAUUGUUACUCUAAGUGACUGUGUUAAGUGAGAUUAGCACAAUAUUUUAAGCAAUAAUACUUUAAGUUAUAAUAAUAACUUAAUAACACUCUAUCAUUUGACAAGUAAGAUUGUGUUACUUUUAAAGUAACAAUAAUAUAAAGUCCCUUUUUAGGUAAAUAGAGAACAAAAACAAAGAGGUUUCAGAAGACAGACGUAAAAUUGUAGUGACAGAUAGAUGUAUCAUCAUUCAGCCAAAACUUCCUCUUUUUAGUUAGUCUCAUUUUAGAACCCCUCCCUAGUUCUCUCCCCGUCUCUCUCUCUCUCUCUCUCUCUCUCUCUCUGGCUCUCUCUCUCUCUCAGACACACACCCUUCCUCGAGCAGCAGUGCACGGUCAUCUCUCUCUCUCUCUCUCUCCCUCUCUCUCUCUCUCCCCCCGUCUCUCUCUCCCCGUCUCUCUCUUUCUCUCUCUCAGACACACACCCUUCCUCGAGCAGCAGUACAUGGUCAUCUCUCUCUCUCUCUCUCUCUCUCCGUCUCUCUCUCUCUCUCUCAGACACACACCCUUCCUCGAGCAGCAGUACACGGUCAUCUCUCUCUCUCUGACUGUGUCUCAGUGAGGCUCGGGGUCAGAGGAUGUCAGGUCGCUCUCAGGAGACUCUGCUCAGAUGAUGCUGUGCUCACGGUGAGGAUGGACUCUCGCGCUCUGACACACAGGUUUACCGUCUGAAGGUGUAGGUGUGGUUCUUCUGGGGUUGAUAGAUCAGUCACACAGCAGCAUGGCCGACUCAGGUGAGAGCGUGAAUAAAGACAUGAAGGUGUUUGUGGUGGACAGCCAGGCGCUGCCGCCUCCGGUGUCUGUGAGGAGGGACGACCCGCGGCUCUCCGUCAUCUACCUGCUGCUGGCCGUGGCUCUGCUGGGGGUCUUCAUCGAGGCUGGGCUCAUCUGGCAUCUGUACAGCAGGCCCGCGGGACCAUCAGAUAUCCAGAAAGUGGAGUAUAUAAAAGGAGAGAAGCACACACUUCCCAGCAGUUCACAUGAUUCCAAUGAAGUUUUACCUGAAAAACCUCCCAAAGCUGAGAGCAAACCAGCUGCAUUUCUGCAAAUCGCUUCGCCUCCGUUCAGUAGGAACGGCGUUCUGCCCUGGAGAUCUGACAGCUUCACGGUGUUCUUGAGGGGUCUGCAGUACAAGAACAACAGCCUGCACAUCCAGCAGGACGGAUACUAUUACAUCUUCUCCAAGAUCUCUCACAUGGAGAACUGCAACUUCUUCAAGCACCAGGUGAUGCAGAGGACAGAGAGGUACAACUCCAUGGCCAUCGAGCUGAUGCAGAGCUCCAGGUUCAUCUGCGUGACAAAUCUAUCCCAAUCGAGGGGCAACAGCUACCUGGGAGGCAUCUUCCAUCUGCUUAAAGGAGACAGUGUGUUCGUGAAGGUCAGUAACAGCUCGCAGGUGCACGGAGACGUCUACGAGAACUUCUUCGGGGCCUUCAUGGUCUAAAUACUGACAUACUUCUGCAAGGACGUCUCACACACACCCUCAGGUAUAUCAAUAUAUUUAGUGUGAGUAUGGCUGACUCCUGAGCCUCGGAUCCGGUGCCAUUUCUCUGUAAGUUUAAGGAUGAGUUAGAGGCCCAUUCUCAGGAAACCAUUUGAAAGGAAAUAUAUUUUUAAUCACUUGUUUUUAAGUAUUUGUACUAUUUAAGAAAUCAUGUUUAAAAUGCUUGUAAACUUGUUACUGUCAUCAAUGCUUUAUAUAUUAUAAGCUGAUGAUAAUUUAUAUACUGUACACACACU